UGGAAAACAACUCCUGGUUGCUGGCCCUGAAGCUUGUCCUGGUCCAGUGGUUUCUUUGAAGAAUCCUCACCAGCAUCUCCUUCUCCUGAGUCCAGUGUGUCAACUGAAAGGAUGAGAUGGUGCAGAAGUUGUUCAUUUUUGCUGUUUUCACAUUUGCGCAUGCAGUAGUUUCAGUGUCACAAAUUGCAUCUGCUGAAAAGGUGUGCCAAAACCAUGAGGACCUUGGGUUGAGAAAUUGCACCAGUGACCAAGAGUGUUGUCCACCCAAUUCAACCUGUGUGAGCGACAUCUGCAAACACUCACAUGCUGUGAAAUCCUCUUUGAGACCCCCUUCCAGACCACCCUUUAGACCCAGUGGCAAUAAACUUCAAGAACACACCCCAGGUCACCAUGACAGUGCCACAGGAGUGACCAUGAGCACAGUGUUGCCAGCUGCAUUUGGGAUAGCAACUCUGUGCAUCUUGAUCCUUGCCAACUGUGGGGUCUUCAGAAAGCAAUAUGAAGCAUUUGUUGCCAAACGCCGACAUCAAAUUGCCCCAGAAGCCAGGGAUGAAGGAUUUGUGGUUUUCAGUGACUUGAUUGAAAAGUGUGUCCCUGGUACUGUGCCUGUGGGUGAAGAAGAUGGUUUCCCUGAGACUAUCCCAAGAGGUAGACCCAGGAGUGGCAGUGCCAGUAGGACUAGGAGAGGCAGUGUGGUAGUUGCCCAUGGCCAACACUUGUACCUGGAAGAAGGCAGGGCUAGUGUACCACUUUCAAGUGGUACCAACAGCAUAAACACUCAACCUGAGGUACCAUCCUGCACUCUAGCCUUGGUUCACACACCAUCCCUCAUCAAAUCUAAAGUGUUAACAAACAUGAGGCCACAAACAUGGAAGCUGGUUUCCAGACUGAAGCACUUGCCAAGGCUGCAAUUUCCAAAGAGGCUCAUGAGCCAGGAGCAGCAGGAAGCUAGAAAGUAUGACAACACUGACUUUGCCAUUGGGCUAGUGACUCUUGGUGCAGUGGCUGGACUUGGUUAUGUUGUGGUCAAGAGAACCUUCAAGUCUUCAGCAGUGGUGGAGCCAUUGUUUGAUGGACAUGUCACCAGUGUGCCGCCAGCUGUGACUACUUCCAGCAGUGCUUUUUUGUAUGAUGUUCCUGAAAGAACUCCUGCUGCACCACAUUCAAAGUUUGGAGUGAAGCUGGGAAGACCUUUGCCAGAAAAAGUGCCAUACUUGCUAAUUGGAGCUGGCACAGCAAGCUUUGCAGCUCUGAGAGCCAUUCGUUCAAGGGAGCCCAAUGCCAAAGUUUUGGUCUUGGGUGAAGAACAUGUGCCACCUUACAUGAGGCCACCUUUGUCCAAGGAAUUCUGGUUUGAAGACCCUGAGAAUGCUGUGGACUCCAGGACCUUCAAGCAAUGGAAUGGGAAAAAGAGGUCUGCCUUUUUUGAGCCUGAUGAAUUCUAUGUGCCUUAUGAGGACCUGAUGGACAGACCUAAUGGUGGGGUCAGUCUUGUCACUGGUGUCAAGAACAGGAAGGUGCAUCUUGACAAUGGCUCUGAGAUCCAAUACAGCAAAUGCCUGCUGGCCCCUGGGGGCAAACCCAGGAACCUCCCAGUCCUUGAGAAAGCUGCCAAGCAGAGUGCAGAAGUGAAGAAGCGCUCUAUGGUUUUCAGAAACCUGGAUGACUUUGAGCACUUGGUGAAUGUCAUGAAGAAGGUGCGCUCUGUGGCCAUAGUUGGAGGGGGUUUCCUGGGUUCAGAACUGGCCUGUGCCCUGGGCAGAGUUGGAGAGCAGAUUGGUGUCAAUGUGUGUCAGAUUUUCAAGGAGGAAGGCAAUCUGAGGUCAGUUCUUCCUGGUUACUUGAGUGAUUGGUCCAUGCAGAAGAUUUUAGAUGCUGCACCAGCCAAGGGAGACAAAGGUCUGCUUUUGCAACUCAGUGAUGGCUCCAACUUACCAGUGGACUUUGUUGUCACAUGUGUUGGACUCCAACCCAAUGUGGACAUUGGUCAAAAGUCACACUUGGAGGUGGAUGACCAGUUUGGUGGCUACAUAGUCAAUAGUGAAUUCCUUGCUAGAACCAACCUCUGGGUAGCUGGGGAUGCCAGUUGUUUCUAUGACCCUCUGCUUGGCAGAAGAAGGGUUGAACACCAUGACCAUGCAGUUGUUUCUGGUAGACUUGCUGGGGAAAACAUGACAGGUGCCUCCAAACACUAUAAACACCAGUCUAUGAUCUGGUCUGACCUUGGCCCAGAAGUUGGUUUUGAAGCUGUGGGUCUAGUGGACUCCAGACUGCCAACCAUUGGCAUUUUUGCCAAGCAAACAGAACCAGGUGUCCUGAAAGCCAAGUUAAACACUAAUAUGAGGUCUGAGGACCAAGAAGGUGUUCAUGCUCACAGUAAGACAAGCAAAGUGAAGAACAAAAGCCAUGGUCUGGGGUUGCCAUCCAAGCAGCAGCUUCAUUUGAGGCCCUAUUUUGAUGAUGCUUCAAGUGCAGCUGCUCUCCAGGCUUCUGAUGGAACCCCUUCCAAACAGCCUGAGUACAAAAAGGGUGUGGUUUUCUACACCAAGGAUGACAGAGUGGUUGGGAUAGUCUUGUGGAACAUUUUCAGCAGAAUGCCUUUGGCCAGGAGAGUUCUCCAAGAAGGAAUCACUGCUGAUGAGAUUCCUGAAAUUGUCAAGCUUUUUGAUGUGCAUGACAAGGAUCAUGCUAAUCUAGAGGCAUAACUACUUUAAACUGCCUCUCUCUAUAUAUAAUUUAAUCUUUGUGCUGUUGCUUUCAAUAAAGCCCUUUAUUUCUGGACCCUUCAAAAA